GCCCAGCGAGAGUCCACGUGGUUGGCGGCUUGCCACCAACGUGUAAAGUACAUUUGCCACGUCAACAAGGGCAGAUGCUCAAGUAGCAAAAAGUUACAAGGACUUAUUUGCAAUUGCCAAGUUUCACAAUACAAUAAAAAUAACAGACACUAACGAUGGAGAAGAAAGGACUCUCGGAGAAAGUUCAGCAGCUAAAGUUUAUGCAGAGAGCAAAAGCACGCGACAAUUUUCAGAAGAAACAGGGGGCGGAGCCUGUUGCUCAGGUUUUCCGAGCUGAUCCAUUUGUCUCGGAGCGAACAGCCACACCCUCAGCUCCAGCUGGUCCCUCCACAUCGACAGGACAGUUGACACGUCAGCAGCCCAACACACCGGCAUGUGUUGUCAUCGUGGAAGAUGAUCCAAAACCGGGUGCACGGAUUGGGAGAAUGUCGUUUCGGAAUUUCAAUCCAGAGGUUCAGGCGCUGACGUCAGAUGGGGUAUUUUCAAAUGCAAGACAGAGGGGGGAGGAGCAGCAAAAUGAGGGCAACAUUGUCAGGAAAAGGAGAAUCGGGGCCUUGAAGCAGAUGAACGAGGAUGGCGAAAUAGUUGAAGAGUUAAGCGGGCGGCGAGGACGCGGAAGAGGGCGCGGAGGAGGACGCGGAAGAGGUCGUGAAGGAGGGCGUGGAAGAGGGCGUGAAGGAGGAGGACGAGGAGGAGGUAAGAAGAGUGCGGAGUUUGAGCAGGAUAGACAGGGGGGUUCUGAGAAUGCCAGAAGUUUGCACGCAGAGGUUGACGCCCCCCCUUCUGCUCCCGGCUAUCUCCGAAGCAUCGGGGGUAUUCGAGCUGUACAACAAAGGCGAGCUACGUCGAUGGACAUGGAGAAUGCUGGUGAUGAGGGUAUAGAAAACAGGUAAAGCUUUAUCUAAUAAGGAAAACAAUUUGGAGUUCAAAAAAAAAAAAAAAAAAAAAAACACUGAAGGGAACAAGAAAGGGGACGAAGCGGGCGGCGGGGAACUUGCUUUGAGAGCAGAGAGUUCCGCUGAGCGAAAACUAAAUGCUGUUCAUUGCAUUUGAGAGUCUUUGAGAGUGAGGACACUGAGAAGGCCUGUACUCGCGGCAGCAGUUUUUCAACUGAUCUCUGGACGUAAUUCCGGUAAGGUACAUCCAGCGCAGGCUGUAAUUACGGUCAGAUACAUCCAGAAAAGACUUAUGUGAGUAUGCUACAUGUCUUCGAAAGGUGGUAGGUGUGUAUGCGUGGCUAUAUGCCGGCGGCAGAUGUUGGCAGUAGCAUGCACUGGGAGGUGCCAUGUCUUGGGAGAGGAGUUCGGACUCUAGCAAGACAGUUCGUGUUUAGACUUUCCUUAUUUGCUAGAAGAAGCCUAGACGGAGAUUGCAUUCAGCC